GUAGGACUCGUGAAAAGUCCAGUCCAAAUCCUCACAUCCACCAUUAACUACUUUUCUGAGGAGAGGUCAGCAAAAGUAAUUGGAAAAGAGGGCGUAGACUAAAGGUGGUUGAAUUGAAGUAGUGAACUCAAUCAAAGCAAAACAAGAAUUAGAUCCAACGAAAAUGAUGAGAGAAUCGAUUUCUGGUCUUCAUCUUAAACUUUCUAGUAAUAAUUUUACUCUACUUUUAUUGCUGUUGCUGGUAUUGACUCCCAAAGCCAUUGCUUGGACUGGUGAAAUUCGAGGCAGAGUUGUUUGUGAUGUUUGUGGGGAUUCUUCUAUUGGACCUGAGGAUCAUGUUCUUCAAGGGGGUGAGGUAGCUGUUCUAUGCAUAACAAAAUCUGGGGAGGUUGUGAACUAUCAGGCGUUCACAGAUUCGAAAGGAGUAUAUACAGUUGCAGAAACAAUGUCUGAAAGCCAACGUUGGGACGCAUGCCUAGCACGACCAAUAAGCAGCUUCCAUGAGCGUUGUAAUCAUCUUAGGGAUGGAAGCUCGGGUGUCAAGUUCACUUAUAAGCGUCCUUCUGGUUAUUCUUACACUCUUAAGCCGUUUGUUUAUCAGUUUGGUAAUACCCCAAUGUACUGCUAAGCUACCAAGCUACAUUUUUUUUGGGUGUAAUCUAUGUAGUAUGCCCUGCAACCUGCACACAGUGAAGAUAAAUAAAUGAUCGAGUUGCUGAUUAAGUUAUUA